GGAAUACCUCCAGACUACUUUCUGACGCCCUUUCAGACACAAGCCAGACACAAUAUUUUAUCUUUCUUCAUAGCCUUCUCACGUUAGCCUAUCUCGUACUACCCAAUCCCCCCAUCAUGUCUUCGCUUUCACAGUUCAUGAAAAAGGCGGCCAAAGCCCUACCACCAAUCAACAGCAAGUCAUUCCCCGAAUACUUUGACUGGCUCGGUCAAUACAACGUCGUCUUACUGGGUGACGCCAGCCACGGCACAUCGGAAUUCUACGAAGCUCGCGCCGAGAUCACGAAACGGCUGAUCCAAGAGCAUGGGUUCAAAAUGGUGGCUCUGGAGGCCGACUGGCCGGACGCCGAAGCAAUGGACCACUACGUCCGACGAUGGCCCAAACAAGCCGGACGAGCCGAAGCCCACGAAGUCCCCUUCAAAAGAUUUCCCACCUGGAUGUGGAGGAACAGGGAAAUGCAGGACCUAGCUCACUGGAUGCGUGACUACAAUGAGACCCUGCCUGCCGACCAGAAGGCCGGCAUCUACGGUCUCGACCUGUACUCGAUGGGCACGUCGAUGCACGCGGUCAUCCGAUACCUGCAGAACGUCGACCCGGAGAUGGCCAAGCAGGCCCGCGAGCGAUAUUCGCAGCUCAUGCGCUGGGCGGGCCGAGAGCACCAGUACGGCCUCAAGAUGAAAAUGUCCGGGAUGCAAUCGUGUGAAAAGGACGUCGUCCACAUGCUGCUCGACCUGCUGAAGAAGCGGCUCGAGUACUCGGCCAAGGCCGGCGACGGCGAAGGCUUCCACAGCGCGGAGCAAAACGCCGUCCUGGUCGUCGACGCCGAAGAGUACUACCGGAAGAUGUACUACAGCGACGAGAUCACCUGGAAUCUGCGGGACCUGCACAUGUUCCAGACGCUGAAGCGGCUGAUCGACUUCCGCCAGUCCAAAGUCGUGGUGUGGGCGCACAACAGCCACCUCGGCGACGCCCGGUACACCGACAUGGGAGCCCAACGCGAUGAGAUCAAUCUCGGCCAACUGUGCAGGGAACGACUCGGAGUCAGUGACGUGGCCGUCGUCGGCACCGGCACGCACGACGGCACCGUCGCAGCGGCGCAUGAAUGGGACGGCGACAUGGAAGUCAUGAAAGUCAACCCUUCGCGAGAGGACAGCUGGGAACGCGUCGCGCACGACACGGGCCUGGACCGGUUCUUGAUCGACAUGCGCAAAGACCAUUGCGACAACGCCACCAGGAGACACCUCGCCGCACCACGACUGGAGAGGUUCAUCGGUGUCAUCUACCGACCCAUGACGGAGCGUUGGAGCCACUACAGUGUCUCGAAGCUCUCGAAACAGUUCGACGCCUAUAUGUUCUUCGACAAGACGCAUGCUGUGGGCGCGCUGGAGAAGAUCCAGCCCAAGACACCGCUGGCGGAAGCAGAGACUUAUCCUUUCGGAUUGUAAUGAAGGAUUGUAAUGAAUCGAUGAUAUGAUGGAACUAUUCACAGUACCGAAAGUCGUGCUGCGCUGCAUUUGAUGGGGACAGUCCGGGCCCCCGUGACGCAUUCUCCUGACGCGCAUUGUAUUAGUAGUUGUCGUUUUUAUAGUGGCCGUUGCCUGCCGGAAUUGAUCACCGGAUAGGGAGGCCCGGGUAGCAGUUCGCGUUCGCAAAAUGGAUGAUGGCGCUGACGGCGACUAACGACAGACGAGUAGGCACGUGAAGAUGAAGAGAGAGGAUGGAUUGCCUCAUUAUCAAAAGGAAGGACUGGUUGACAAUUGCCAAGUCGUGGUUCUUUUCAUCAUUAGAUUUAUCUUGAUUUAUACUGUAGGCCAGGCCACUCAUAUUUAGCAUACCGAGGUGAUUUAACCUCAGGAUAAUAGUACUUAUGUAGUAGGUCCCGAGUUGCUCUCUCAAG